AUGGGUGCUGACAUCACCCAUCAAAACACUUUGGCGGAGAAUUUUGAGGUGGAUUAUGUUGUCCUUUACCGCUUCUCCAGCAUUGAUAAAAAUGAGGCGAAGGAGCAGUUCAAGAAGCUCAUCCGUGCUCUCUCGGAUGUGGGGCUGCAGACAGAGGUACGCCCAGGGAUAGACCAGAGCCUUCUCAUCUUUGUAAAGGCGCAGGAAAAAUACUUGGGCAAAGCUCUGUAUCGAUCCAGGGUACGAGACUGGCUGCAUGGCGUGCGCAAUUCGCAACCAGAUCCCGAUGCGAAAGGCUCAUGUAUCCCCGAGACUGAUGCAGAACGACUCCUCAUAGUCUACAAUAUGAUCACUGCACCCUCCAGCGAGGGUGGUGCAGGAAUCACUCCCAAGCAAGGCGAGUGGGAUAAUGUAGACUCAAUCUUCCCGCUGCAUGACAAGCUCCUCAACAAGACCUGGAUAAAAGCCUGGACGAGCAAAACAUUCCUCACCGCGGAUGACCUUGACCAGAUCCGGAACCACCAUGGUGAAAAGAUCGGCUUCUACUUCGCCUUCCUGCAGUCGUAUUUCUCAUUUCUCAUCUUCCCCGCAAGCUUUGGUGUUGCGUGCUGGGUCCUACUGGGCAAUUUCUCAAUCGUUUAUGCAAUCGUGAACUGUUUGUCAUGCGUCGUGUUUACUGAAAUGUGGAAGCGGCAGGAACGCGACCUGCGGAUUCGCUGGCAGGUGAAAAACGUUUCCGAAAUCCACACGAAACGACGGGAGUUUAAGUACCUUUCAAAAUCUAUUGAUCCCGCAACUGGCGAGGAGUCGUUUGUGUUCCCGUCAACCACGCGGUUGGGCAGGCAGCUUUUGCAGGCGCCGUUUGCGAUUGCCGCAGUUCUUGCAUUGGGCACUCUGAUAGCCACUUGUUUUGCGAUUGAGAUCUUCAUUUCUGAGGUUUACACAGGGCCCUUCAAGUCAUACUUGGUGUUCAUUCCCACGAUUUUGCUCUCUCUAUUUGUCCCGACGAUCUCCGCCGUUUUAACCAGUAUCGCCAAACGACUUACCGAUUACGAAAACUAUGAAACGCAGGACAGCUAUGACCUAGCGCUAACUCACAAAAUCUUCGUUCUCAAUUUUAUCACAUCCUACCUCCCGGUUUUCCUUACUGCCUUCGUCUACGUGCCAUUCGGAAAGGUAAUAGUGCCGUACCUCGACUUAUUCAAUCUAACCAGGAACCCAUUCGCAAAAACUUCGGAGAAAAACCAGCUACAAACGUCCGCAACCCCCUUCCAAAUCAACCCAUCCCGACUACGCAAGCAGGUUAUUUAUUUCACCGUCACGGCUCAGAUAGUUAACCAGGGCCUCGAGAUCGUCCUUCCGUAUGCCAAACGCAAGCUCACCCGGAAGUACCAAAAAUACACGGAAGAAAAUGCCAAAUCCAAAAAGAACAGUGGCUCGUCCACCCCUGGGCCUGGAACGGCUGCUAUACCAGAAGACGCACCCGGCGAAUCCGACUUCCUCGCCCGGGUCCGCGACGAGGCAACGCUCACCGAAUACGACGUCACCGCCGACUUCCGCGAAAUGUGCGUUCAAUUCGGCUACCUCUCUCUCUUCUCCGUCGUCUGGCCGCUCGUGCCGCUCUCCUUCCUGGUAAAUAACUGGAUCGAGCUGCGCUCCGACUUCGUCAAGAUCUGUCUCGAGUGCCGGCGGCCCGUCCCCUUGCGGUCCGACAGCAUCGGGUCCUGGGUGCAGUCGAUCGAGUUCCUCGCAUGGCUGGGCAGCAUCACGAACGCGGCUCUGGUGUAUCUAUUCUCCAACGACGGCGUGGGGCCGGACGGCAGUCCCUCGCAGAUCACCGGGUGGGUGUUGCUGCUUGUCAUAUUUUUCGCGGAGCAUAUAUACCUCGUCAUGCGGCUGGUGGUGCAGGUGGGGAUAUCAAAAAUCGAGACACCGGCAACGCGCCAGGAGCGUUUGGCGCGGUAUCUAGUGCGCAAACAGUAUUUCGACGCAACGCUGGCGCGGGAGAGGCGGGAGGAGAAGGCACAGGGUUCUCACUGCGGGGGGCCAGAGGAGACGAGGAUCACACGGGAAUCGCUCGAGGAGGAUGCGCGACGGAUGAGCCAGCACGACUCAUCAGCGGCAGAUGUGUUCUGGGGCCGACAGCGAGGGGCGUGGGAGGCGAGUGUUGUUGGCGAGGGGAUCAUUGAUGCAGAGUUGAGCACAGGGAAAGAGGAGAAGAAGGCGCAAUAUUCCCGGUCAAAUAGUCUUAUUACUGGGCCAAACCCUUUCGAGGAAGUUGACUUGGAUUUGGAUUUGGAUGUCAGUCGCCUUGAAAAGCAGCUCAGUUAUGUUACCGCGGGGCGAGAGAGAGAGAGGGGACGGACCAACUACGGAGUACCGCAUCCAAUCUCAGACUUCCCAGAUCGGGACCCGCGCCAACACCUUUUAAUUACAGCUAGGAAAUGCUACGCAGCUUUCUUCUUCUCCAUCUAUAACUUGCAAAAUCUCGAGGCUUCAACGAGAGCGACAGCGAGGGACCAUGCCGAUCAGGUCCUCCACGACCAGCUCCUGGCUGCUCAGGCGCAGCAUCUCCAUCAAUCCCACCCCCACCCUCACACUCACGCUCACCACGCCCCUCCUCCGCCCCGUCCAACGCCCGGCGCAUCAGCCGCCUCGGUGCGCGACCCAAACAAUACCAAUAGCGCCAAUACAGCCAACAUCACCAUCGACCCAGCAAUUGCUGGAGCUUCCGCGAUGAUCCAUUCGCCACCAACUACAGUGGCGACCACAGCCCAGGGACAUGCCCCUGAUCUCCCCAUGGAAGACCACGCCGACGGGCGCAAAACCUACGGCAAACGCGAAUUAUCCACCUCCAAACGUGCCGCGCAGAACCGGGCUGCUCAGAGAGCCUUCCGCCAACGCAAAGAAGGCUACAUCCGCAAACUCGAAGAACAAGUAAAAGACUAUGAAAUCCUCGUCGAAAAUUACAAAGCUAUCCAGGCCGAAAACUACCAGCUGCGCGAGUAUAUCAUCUCUCUCCAAUCGCGCCUCAUCGACUCGCAGAACGAAGUCCCCGAGCUUCCGGGAAACAUCGACCUGUCGCAACCGCGGAAUGACCCCCCUGCACCCGCCAUCAAUUCCUCGACCACUGCCGGAGUCACUGCAGGGAACGCCGCUACGACCACCGGUGGCGGUGGUGGGGCCAGCGCAGGCGACCAGGCGGAGGUCAGCGCAUUGAAUCGCAUUGCCGUCGCGGGACUAGGGAUGCGGAAGCAUCAGCAUGAGGAGGCAGCGUUCUUGGGGAACCACGGCGAAUCCUCUGGUAAUCAUGCCAAUGUCGGUGCGGGUGUGAAUAACGGUAAUGUGAACGUGAAUGCGGAGGCGGAUUCUCCCUCGAAAAGGAUGCGGUUCGAUGGGUUGCCGGAUGUUGAGAUCGGGGUUGGGGUGGGUAUUGGGGAUGGCGUCAAGGGAGAGGUCGCGUCGUGACGGUGACCGUGCUCCCGCG